UUAAGCAUUGAACUGCCAGAUUUUCAAUUUUAUUAAGAAAAAAAAAUACGAGAAAACAACACCCGGAUAGCGGAAGAUGCAGAUUAGAAUCCUGUGUAAUGCCUGGAGCGAGUGGAAUUUUGUCUAGUAUUGUUUAAAGGCAGCAUGAGCACGACGCACAUACUUACUGUUGUACAGAAUAAAACGAAUACUUACCAUUGUUAAAGGGCAAUAGUUAUUGCUCAGCCAUAAAGUUUACAUAACAACAAACCAAUAAUGUAACAGUUUUAUGAACAAAAAUGCACAAUAGUAUGCCUAAUGGAAACCAAACUCUGUACGGAAUUUAUUGAUUGAUUCAAGAUUCAGUUAUUGUUCUAAUAUGGCCAUUUUGGCAGUAUUUCUAUUUUUAACUUUUGUUGAUUUCAUUUAUGGUGUAUUAUUGCAAUGUUACGUAACUGAUGUAAAAACUAUCCUGGAGGGAUGUGAUCGGUUGACUGGACUUAACUUGACUAGUGUCGGAGGUACAAUGGUAAACGACCAUAACUGCGAUGUCCUGUUACCUAAGCAAGUCUUCAUUGAAGAACCUCUUUUUCAAUAUCCUUUGGCUGAUUCGAAAAAGUUCUAUACCCUUAUAAUGGUAGACCCCGAUGCACCACCACAAGUAGACGGCGAGUUUUAUCUUCACAUGCUGAAAUCAAACAUACCAGGACUAGCGUUGAAAUCCAAGGACAGUAGCAAGACUGUAGGCAUUGAUUAUAGAGGUUUUAAGCCGCCAGCGCCACCUCGCGGAACCGGCCCACAUCGUUACAUGAGCUUGCUUUACGAGCAGUCUGACGGCAACAAUUUCUUACCACCUGUGCCACCAACAAGGAAUCGUUUCUCGCUAGCAAGCUGGCUGCGUGGGAAGAAUCUAUGUGGCCCUGUAGCGGGCACUAUGUUCCGAUCUCAAUACUAGAUGGCGCUGCUUUUGACUAUUUAAAAUUAAAAUUACUACUUUGUAAAUAGAUACCUAAAAAAUACCACAUAAAAACAUAAUACAUACUUAAACAUUAUUUUAAAAUAUCGUCUAUUUCCAAACCCGCACUGUAGUGACUGUUUUUUUAAGUUGUUCAAAAUCAGUUCUAGAUGUCGCUAGGAGUCCAAAAAGGCUGAUUAGUUGAAAUCACAGAUCUUAAAAUUGAUCGUUGUUUCAUGAUGACUGUGUUUAACCAAUAUAUGAAAGGGGUAUUUCAUGAAAUAACUUGCAUAACGAGAUCGUAUAAUUUAAAUAAACGUUAACGUUUGAUGAUAUGUUUGGCCAUAAUAUUGACAGUGGAAAGGAAAAUCAAAUGAAGCGGCAUUUAGUCAAUUGU